CUAAGUCAGCCACGAUUUUUCAGAUAUUCUAUAUUUUAGAUAUGUUUUUAGUUAUUAGCUUCAGAGCUUUAACCGAUUGAUUACAAUUGCGGCACAUUGCAAUGGUAAUUAUUUCUCUUACAUUAUUAGUACAAUGGUUUUCAUCGGUCGCCGUCGCUUCCGGUUUUCUUUAACCUUAAAAUUUGCACUAUUACACACCAUUAUUUCUGCCUAUAUACUGUUCUAGGGCUUGAAUAAAAAAAUCUCUUGCCACCGAUUGCUAAUGUUCCACGAGUGUCCACGCAAAAACCACUUUACUCCGCGCAAAGUACGCGCACGUUUGAUGCGGUUUGGUGUCAAUUCAUCAAUUUACUUGUCAACUUGAAAAUCAACUUGUGAUCUGAUUGGCUGUCGCCUGACACUUUUGCGUUUCCAUUGUUAUCUUAGUCCGUUCCAUUUUGGUCAAUUUAUUGAUUGAAAAUGUCCAUUUCGGUCGUGUAUGUCCCAUUAAGAGCGCCUUUGUUUCACUGUUGUUUUUACAAGAAUGUGUGAAGGGAUAGAGAAAUAUUGCCUCAGAGAAUCAGCGGCUUGCGAAGGGAAUUUCACUAGAAUCGCGGCAGAUUAACAACACGGAUUUUUAUGGUCUUAUUCUUGUAGGUUUGAUAGCGUCAUGCUUUGGUGUUUCCUGUUGAUCGGUUGCUUUUUCUUGAUGUUUCAAAGAGGUAAGUUUGCAAAAUAUUCUUAUAAUUAUCACACUUUUGCCGAAUGGUCGCUGAAAAUAUCCAAGCAUAAAACAAGCCAGCGAUCUCCUGUAUGCUCAGUAUUACUGUUUGAAAUCCGUAAACACAACAAACCAGUAAUUUCAGCACGUAUUGCGCUUGUAUCAACGAUGAACGAUCCACUACACUCCAAGAACUUUACAAUCUGGGGUCAGUGUUUAAUGUGGAUGAUGUUUUUGUGCAGAAUCGCAGCGAUUUCAAUCGCGGACAUAACGUCAUUCGGCAACAAUUGUCGUCCAACCACGCACCAUUUAUUUCGAUGGAAGAUUUCUUAAAUUCGCCGAACGCUCUAAACAUUAUCGCGGUAGUAAUCUAAAGUUGUACUUUCGUCGCCCGUCAUCCUAGAAUAUGAGAGCUCUUAAGAUGAUUGAUUCUUGUAACCCCUGAUUUGUUGCGAACUCUCUGCAGGCCUAUAGAUCGCUUGUAAAUAACUCGAACGUUUGUUGCAUCAGGGCCCGCUGAGUUAAAUGGCGUCACCAUCCUGACUCUUCCCUGUCCCGUAACUAUAGUCACCCACACACAGCUGAGUAAUUAAACAACGCUUUUCAACACGUGAAAGUCAGAGCUUUCCGUAAUCAGUUCAAGAAGCGAUCAAAGCGAUUAUUUGCGACAUUGUUGAUGGCAUGUUUCAAACGAUCGCAUUUAUAACCAGUCGUUCGCUGAUUACUAUGAAGUUAACAUUGUUUAUUUUCCUUCUUCCUCAAGGCUUGGCUCAGGGAAGUUCAUCGAAUACUGAUCCGGGUGGGGGGAAAACUCCUCCAUUAGAAAUCGUGGUAAAGCUAGGAUCGGACGCGAUUUUACCGUGCGAUGCUGUAGACGCAGAUCGAUCGCCGGACCUCAUAGAAUGGCGAAAGAACGGAUCGAAAAGUCCAAUUUUUAUGAAGUUCAUGAGCUUCAAACCUCACAUUGAUUCGCGCUAUUCUCGCCGUGUUCACAUGAUCAAUACUUCUGCAAUUUUGCUUUCGGGAGCAAAGGAUACUGAUGCGGGAAUAUACCGGUGUAGAACGAUGCAAUCUGGAUCUGAAAGUACGAUCAUAACUCAUGGAAGAUGGGUCGUUCUCAAAGUCAUUGCCCCUUUGUCGGUCCCUCCUUUCUUCUUAAAGAAACCGCUGGACAAAAUAACUGCUAACGAGAGCGAUUCGUUGACUCUGCUCUGCUUGGUUGGGGGUACUCCGGAACCGGAAGUGGAGUGGUUUAAACACGGGGCACAUAUACCAUUCGAACGCGCCUCUGUCUUCCCCGGAAGUCGGCUCACAGUGACAACUGUUGUGCCUGAUGACAGCGGUCGAUACCAGUGCUCAUCGGCUAAUUCUGUUGGGCAACUUCAUCACGUGUUUGAAGUUACCAUUAAGCGGAAAGUUGGUUUACCAUCUCGUCGAAAAACAGUGGUUGAAAAAUAUCCAGCGGUCCUUGACUGUCUCACUGAUACAAACCUGCCGAGUGAAAACGUCAUAUACAGUUGGACUAAAGAUGGCGCGGAUGCUGCAUCAGACACACGGGCCACAGUCAUUGCUUCCGGUGCCUUGUUUAUCAAAUCAACCCGCAAAACCGAUUCCGGUGUGUACCAGUGCACUGCGAAAACAUUUGACUCAAGUGGCCUGGUUACCUACCCUGGGGCCAAAAUACUCUUGGAUGUUCAAUAUACCCCUACGAUUGUCGAAAUGCAGGACACCGUGGCAGUUCCCGAGGGCUCUGAUGCCCGGUUGCCGUGUAUCUCCGUUGGAAACCCGAGCACUUCUUUUACAAACUGGACGCGACUCGGUGAAGACCUGCGAUCACGUUCAAGGUUUGCUGUGCUGGAAAAGGGUUCGUUACUGAUACAAGAUGUUCGACGCACAGACGCGGGGGAAUACGCUUGCACUCCCUAUAACAAAGUGGGGCCAGGAGAAACAAAAAUAACAAGACUUGUCCUAAAAGUUGUUCCAAAGUUUAUUGUUGCACCUCCAAGUAUCAUGACGCUCAGAGUGGAUGAUGACGUCACACUGGUCUGUGAAGCUACUUCUGAUUCUACUCCCACGUUAAAAUGGGAACGCGAAGGAGAACCUUUCCCAGAAGGCCGUACGGUCAGACAGGGGGGCAAGCUAGAGAUAAAAGGCAUCCAGAAAGAUGAUUAUGGGGUGUACACGUGUAUUGCUACAUCAGCUGAUGGACAGGCUAAACAUUCCACAACUAUAGCCGUCAUUUCCACUCCCAGCAAACCCACGAUAAUAAGCGUUCAAUUCAACGACGCGACGGCCAUGAUAACAUGGCGGCCUGGGUACGAUGGUGGAUAUCCCCAGCAGCUGGAAGUCUGGCACCGACUUACCACUGAUAAUGAUUAUGAAUGGCUCAAGUCACCUAAUUUACCAGCUAGCGUGACGUCAUACCAGAUCUCAGACCUCCAGCCGGAGCAUCCUUACUUAUUCAGCAUCAGAGGAAUCAACCGAGAAGGGGCUGGGCACUUCAGUGAUAUUGUGGAAGCCAAAGGCGUUCCUCCGGUCAUAAAUCGAACGCCUGACAAACCAGGGAAACCUUUAGCUCCUCAGAAUGUUGUUGUUAACAUCACUAAGGAUGGAUACUGGGUCAUAUGGUCCUACUCAGCUGUACCUGGUCGGCCGAUUGUGGAGAAGUUUGUCGUGGAGUACAGUGAAGGAAAUGGAUCAUCCUCUUGGCGUAUGGCAGAUGCUGCUGUCCCAGCGGAUCGCAGAAAGUACUUGUUCAACGCAGAAAAAAUAGAAGCUGGAAAGAGCUACGACUUCCGGGUUUUUGCAUUUGGUGCGAACGAGUUUAGUGAGGCUGCUUAUGUGUCCAAGACUUAUAAACUUGGUUCUCCAGUCAUCGGCAAACGUUCCAGUGACGAUGACGUUGUUCCCAUCGUAGCUGGAGUCCUUGGAGCCAUCGUUGGUCUUUUCCUUCUCGGCUUAGUUUGUUUCUGCUUCAUUCACAGGAAGAAAUCCAGAAAACUCCACAUAAAUAAAUCCGGGGACAAGAAAGUUCAUUUCAUUCUUCCAAACAGCACAAGUGAAGCUUUUGAACCCGAAGAUUCCGAGGACGACUUCCUUGACGCUGAAAUUAAGUUGCGUCCCGAAACUGUCCGAUUUAUUCCCGAUGAUAACGAAGGAAGAGACGACGAUAAAUAUGCAAAGAUGAAACGAGAAGAAGACCUGAUCUUAUCGGGUCAUGACGGUCGGUACAGCGGAGACAUGUUACGUUAUGCCAAGCUAGUAAUGAGCGCAUCACCGCCUCAAUCACCAACAGCUUCUGAGGAUUCGGAGAAAGUUCAUUACUUCGGUGACUUGGAGACUCGGGACGGCCAGUCAGGCUGGUAUGAUUGUACCUUAGCAAAGCCCGCAUCCCGCGAGGUACGGGAUUCGUACGAUCAAUUCUGUAGGCAGCCCGACAUAGGAUCGCGGGAUUCUAUUCAAAUAUCUCCUCCCGGAUUUGGACGAAAGGCUUCAUAUGAACAGUUAGGAUCUAAGGCUCACGCUAGGCAGAAAUUUGGUUCUAACAGCAGUUUACCAGAGAAGAAGUUAGAAGUUAGCAUGUUCCGUAACCCGCGCUUUCAACCCAUACAAGAAGAAAUCCCGCGGGGCGGGGAUAUCCCUCGAGGUGGCGCACCACUUGGGAGAAGACAGCCCCAUCAUUGGUCGACUCCAGCAGUUUUCACCAGAAGACAAGAUUCAAACAACAACAGCGAUGGAAAGGGUUCGGAUUCUGACUCGGGAGAUUCCGUGGUACGAGGAAGAAAAGGGAGACGACACAGACCUCAUUCGUUAUACGAAGGAAAGCUUCGGCCGAUUUCGGAACAGGAUUCUGAUUCAAAGCUCCGGUGCACGUGUGAUGAAGAGGACGAAUCGGAUGAGGGGCUGAAGUAUCCAAAGCAGAAAGGACGAGAGGUCAAUAGCACGUCAUCACUGGGAAGGAAACUCACUGAGCAUGAGUCAUCUUACCUUCAUUUAGAAAGGUCUGACUCUCAGAGACUUUCCUUUACUGAUCAGUUAAAAGGUUGGGGGGAAUCUUUAUUUGCUGGCGAACCUUACGACAAACACUCAAAGAAGGACAGACCCUCAGCAGCUCCAAUCUAUACGGACUCGGAAAAUAGCGUGUCUCCGGCAAUUUCUUUGGUGUCACUGUCGGAGACUGAAAGUGACCGUGAAAUCGGCCAGAAGCUUUACGAAAGUCAGCCGAGUGGUGCAGCCAACAACCGUCAAUCUGACGUAGUUACACUUCCACGCGCGGUAGCAAAUCUAAAAUCAGUUGAUUCGGAGUCGUCUUCCGAUGAACGUGGGAAUUCAGGAAGUCGCGAUAGAUCAAAGAAACCUUCGCCGCCUGUUUAUAAGGAGAAGAAGCCUCCCUCUGUUACAGAUUUAAACAUAAAUCCCAUUGAGCCAGCAAAUUCAAUGGACCAGCUUAAAUUGUGUGAUCCUUUCUUCCAGGAAAGACACAGAGUUUCUAGAUCUUCUUCAAACGCGUCAAGUGGGAUUUGCUCAGUGAUUGUAUCAUCCAGCGAAACAAACAGCAUUGAAUCACCCAGAGAUACUUCAAAACGAUCAUCCCGCUCAAGCGACCGAACUUCCACAGACCGAGCGUCGAGUGGUUACGCGUCUUCUCGGGAUAGUUACGACAAUCCUGAUCGGAUAAGACCUGAGGAUUACUCAAAAGCGCACGCGCAAAGGCGUUUGAGAGGUAAGCGGCUUUCUCCACAUGGAGAUCCAUAUGAGUUGGAUCCUUCAUCGAGUGAAAUGGAGGAGUUAGAUACGGAAGGAGCAUCAUAUGAUCCAAAAGUCUACGAAGAUCUUAUGAUGUUACAGCAAGAGAUGGGUGUUAACUUGGACGGCAGUGAUUCCAGUAGAGAAAGCCUCAAAGAAAUGGAAAAACUGUCCAAUACAGAACUUCUGAAUUAUUCCCCUGAACUGUCUCCAAAGAAAUACAAAGUUGAUCAGUUGAGCGACGCAGAGAAAGAUCAGCGGUGUUCCAAGCUAAUGGAGGAGUAUAAGACCAACAAGAAACUGCAAAAUGUUAGGGCCAGCGGCAGUCAUGUGUAUCGAUCGUGGGAUCUGUAACGGAACUGGAGGAUUGAAAUUCCUGACUGAGUUCA